UUUCAACUACAGGGGCGUGGCUUCAUGAGUGACAGCAUAAAAGAGAAGGCUGAGGACCUGUUCCUGACUACGUUGCCUUCAGGAAGCGUAGAUGUCGCCCUAGUUCAGGCUCAUCUGGUGACGCAACCCUCGUUGAAGGAGAGGAAGAGAGGACGAGAGGACGGCAGAUACCGCACCUUCAACCAAGGUGAAGCAUGGCGAUGACCGGCCCGAGCUCGUGCUCCUCCAUGAGCAACCACACCAAGGAGCGGGUCACCAUGGCCAAAGUGACCCUGGAGAACUUCUACAGUAACCUCAUCGCCCAGCACGAGGAGCGGGAGAUGAGGCAGCGGAAGCUGGAGAAAGUGAUGGACCAGGAGGGCUUGGCGGAUGAAGAGAAACGGAUCCGGCGGUCUCAGCAUGCGAGGAAAGAGACCGAGUUCUUGCGUCUGAAACGGACCCGACUGGGUCUGGAGGACUUCGAGUCCUUGAAGGUGAUUGGCCGAGGAGCUUUCGGAGAGGUUCGUCUGGUGCAGAAGAAAGACACCGGCCACGUCUACGCCAUGAAGAUUCUCCGCAAAGCUGACAUGCUGGAGAAGGAGCAGGUUGGCCACAUCCGGGCGGAGCGAGACGUUCUGGUCGAGGCCGACAGCCUGUGGGUGGUCAAGAUGUUCUACAGCUUCCAGGAUAAGAUGAACCUCUAUCUCAUCAUGGAGUUCCUCCCUGGAGGAGACAUGAUGACGCUGCUCAUGAAGAAGGACACGCUGACGGAGGAGGCCACUCAGUUCUACAUCGCCGAGACGGUGCUGGCCAUCGACUCCAUCCACCAGCUGGGCUUCAUCCACAGAGACAUCAAACCGGACAACCUGCUGCUGGACUCCAGGGGUCACGUGAAGCUGUCUGACUUCGGCCUGUGCACGGGGCUGAAGAGGGCCCACCGCACCGAGUUCUACAAGAACCUGAACCACAGCCUGCCCAGCGACCUCAGUAAACAAACGGCCUUCCAGAACAUGAACUCCAAGAGGAAAGCAGAGACCUGGAAGAGGAACCGGAGGCAGCUGGCUUUCUCCACCGUGGGAACCCCCGACUACAUCGCUCCAGAGGUCUUCAUGCAAAACGGAUACAACAAGCUCUGCGAUUGGUGGAGCCUGGGUGUCAUCAUGUAUGAGAUGCUGAUAGGUUACCCUCCCUUCUGCUCGGAGACGCCUCAGGAGACGUACAGGAAGGUGAUGAACUGGAGAGAGACGCUCACCUUUCCCCCGGAGGUGCCGAUAUCGGAGAAGGCCAAAGACCUGAUCCUCAGGUUCUGCUGUGAGGAGGAGCACCGGGUCGGAGCCGCCGGCGUGGAGGAGAUCAAAUCCAACGCUUUCUUUGAGGGGGUGGACUACGACCAUAUCAGAGAGAGACCCGCUGCCAUUCCCAUCGAGAUCAAAAGCAUCGACGACACCUCAAACUUCGACGAGUUCCCCGACUCCGACAUCCUCACGCCGACAGUCGCUCCGGUGUCCAACCAGACGGAGGCGGACCUGAAGAACAAGGACUGGGUCUUCAUCAACUACACCUACAAGCGCUUCGAGGGCCUCACCGCCCGGGGGGCCAUCCCGUCCUACAUUAAGUCGGGGAAGAGAUGAGCGAGAAACCCGAAACGAGCCCCCCCCCCCCCCCCCUCGAGCCCCGAGAGCAGAACCCUCUGCGGAUCCUCGGUUUCCACCCGUUGCUUCUUCUUCUUCUCGGAAACCGCCGCCUUCAUUUCCCUCCUCUCUCUCUCUCUCUCUCCGACGCUUUCCGAAGGGUACCGCUUCUACUUCCUGCUCACACACACACACACACAUACACGGAGAACCGAACUGGGAUCAGAGUGAAAGGAUUCUCUCUCUCUCUCCGCUUGCCUUUUCUUCCCUCCAUCCGGUGGAUGAUGCCGUGGCACGUCUCUCUCUCUCUCAUCCCGACACCAGCGCCCAUUACAUUCCUCUUCUUCCCUGUUGAACCAGCACAGCUCUGUCGGACUGAGCCCCCCCCCCCCCCUCUCUCUCUUCACCUCCGCCGUGUCACUUGAAGUGAAUCAGGGAUUCUGUCCACAUGUUCCUCACCUCGAGGCUUCUGACCGCAAACCAAAGACUGAGCGAUGUUUCCGCUCCAUCGCUCCGCGUAACUUUAAACAUAUAUGUGUAGUUAUUUUUCUUUUUUUAAUGAUGAGAGAUCACAUGAGAGAUCACGUGAUAAUAGAUCACGUGAUGAGGGAUCACGUGAUAAUAGAUCACAUGAUGAGGAAUCACGUGAUAAUAGAUCACAUGAUGAGAGAUCACAUGAUAAUAGAUCACGUGAUAAGAGAUCACAUGAUGAGGGAUCACGUGAUAAGAGAUCACAUGAUGAGAGAGAUCACGUGAUGAGUGGUGCGAACACAAAGAGUCGUUACAUUUAGUUGUUCCUCUCACAAAGACCCACUUUACGUGUUGCACCUUUUUUCUUUUUUACUCGUGACGUUUGAUCCAUGGAAGCCGUCUUUAACGGGGAAGUGAAGGCACCACUUUUUGUUUUUUACUGUUUUAAUGAACAUGAUUCAAACCCAGAUUUAGUUUUAUUUCUUUUCUUUUUGUUGUCUCGCCGUGGCGGAGACGACGUCUGAUGCAACGGUCGUGGUCUCGGCGGCUCUGAGCAGAACCCAGUGGACCCAGUGGACCCCCAACUGGGGCCGGCGCUGUCGGCGUGGACUCACUUUUUUUUUUUUAAUCAAAGACUCACAGGGCUAAACAUCUUCCAGUGAACACGAUAUCCAACAUGCUGUCAUUUAAAAAAACAAAUGAAUGUAAAUGAAGUCUUAGGGAGAGAAAACGAUGUGUCGGUGUUUUUAUAACACAAUAAUUCCAAAAUGCUGUUUGUGUGAAUGUCGCCUGGAUCGUAGAGCUUCUUCUUUUUUUAUUCUUCUUUUCUUUUUCUUUUUUCGCAUAUGGCACACGACGCUAUGGAAGACCCUCUACCCCAGAAACAGAGAGGAAGAAAAGAACAAGGGAUGAAUUUAAACCUAGAAUGUAGUCGAGAUAUUUCUGUCUUUCAGAAUAUUUACAUCAUUUUUAGGUUUAUGUCAAAACUGUCUCAAGUUUUACUUUGGAAUACUUUUUUAAAAGUCUGAAUUUAUCGAUUUGUAAUCGGGACUUUCUACUUGUAUGCAAGUAAAUCCCAAAAUAUUGAAUUCCAUCAUAAUCUUAGCGUUAUUGACUUAGUAGAGCUCAUCAUUUAACAUAAUUGUACCAUCACACAAUUUGGACUUUAAAAAAAAAAUUGUUUUAUGAGUCUGGAUUUAUCAAAUCGGGACUUUAUUUUUUAUGCAAGUAAAUCCCAAAAUAUAGAAUUCCAUCAUAAUCUUAGAAUUUAUCGAGUUGUAAUUGUUAAAUUAAUCCAAAAAAUAUUAACUUUCAUCACAAUCUUAACGCAAGAAUUGAUGAGCUUCUCCUUAAAUGUCCAAAUGUGUGUCCUCUAAGUCAAUAACGUGAAAGAUGUCGUCAUGACGACUUCUAGAUAAACGUCCUACAAGCUGUCGCACAAUUUAGACUUUAUAGGACAACCCCGUAUUUUAAUUUGAAAGAACAAGUUGACUUCCUGUUGGUUCUGGGCUUCCAUGCGCUGGAGGGUUGUUAUUGAGGCUCUGCAUGUAUUGUUGUUGUUGUUUUUUUAUCAACCUGCAGAUGGUCAUCUUAAAGCAACAGAGCACAUGGAAUGACUUUUAUUAUGUUAUUAUGUUAUUGUUUUCUCGAUGAUGCCACUCGGUGUGUGUGUGUGUGUGUGUGUGCGAGGAAAGGAAGAAGAGAAGUGUUGUGGAUUGCGUUGGCGUCUGGUUUUCUACGGGCGGUGCUCCGGCGCGUGUCGGGCGUGAGGGUUUUUAUUGUUGUUGUUUUCGGGAAGGUGGGUGUACAUUAUUUAAACCACCGUCUCUAGCGCGUGGCUGUUUUAUUGUUUUCUGCUAUUUGACAAUGAAUUACUCUGCACUUAAA